AUGUUCUUCCUAACAUAUAUCUAUUGCAAAGUGCUGGUAUUUGUGCUUAGAACUAUCGCGCGACGUCUAUCGCCCAUUGCCGCGAAGCCUGAUGAGGUCUACCAGAUCCAGUCUCGGGACUCUGGAAGAAAUAUCAAAGCGCAUGUCUACAGACCCCAAACAGCCUCCAAUCCGGCUCCGGUUCUCAUCAAUUUCCACGGAAGCGGCUUUGUGCUCCCUGCCCAUGGUGCGGACGACGAGUUCUGCAGAUUGGUGAGCGAGAGGACCGAGUACACAGUCUUGGAUGUCCAGUACCGACUCGCACCGGAACAUCCUUUUCCUGCAGCGCUCAACGAUGUCGAGGACACGGUGAACUGGGUUUUACAACAGCCCCAGAAAUUCGACCGCAGUCGGAUUGCUCUUUCGGGCUUCAGCGCAGGGGGCAAUCUUGCUCUUGCAGCUUCAUCAACCCUUUUCCCUCGAGAGACAUUCUGUGCUGUCCUCACCUUUUACCCACCUGUGGAUCUUUAUACGCAACCCAGUUCGAAGACCGCACCGGAUCCUAAUGGCAAACCUCUUCCGGCUCCACUUGCCCGGCUCUUCGAUAAGUGCUAUAUUCCGUCAUCGCAUAACACGAAAGAUCCCCGAAUAUCGCCAUACUAUGCGCCGCCCGAGCGUUUCCCUAAUCGCGUGUUGAUAAUAACGGCAGCGGGAGACGGUUUGGCGCCGGAAGCCGAAAGACUAGCGGUGAAAAUAGGGCAGGAUUCGGGUCGAGAAGUGGUCUCCCAACGGAUGGAUGGUUGCAAUCAUGCUUGGAAUAUUUCCCCAAAGACUCCUGUUGAGCGCGAAGCACGAGACAGAGCAUACAACAUGGUUGUUACUAUGUUGAAUAAUGGGAAAUGA